AUGCACUGCAGCACGGGGCGCGCUGGCUCUGUGGGCUUCGCACCCCGCCAGCAGGAGUUGCAGCGUGUAAUCGAAGAGAAGCAGAUCCAGUUGAAGCAGCUGUACGAGCGGCAGUGCCGUGUGCGUGCCGCGAUGUUGCGCCAGCAAGACUUCAAGGGCGCCCGAGUGAUGAGAGAUCAACCCCAACUGCGCAUUCGAGGGUCACCUGCGCAAGCGCGGCCACCACACCGUGCAGCAUCGCAGACGCCGUCGCCGAGUGGCAUCGGACCAUCGGAGAGCGUCGCCUUCACCAUUACAUCUGAACGGCGCCGCCUGCGUCCUCGAAUUGCGCCUCAGAACCCUGACAGCCGCACUGUCUUCUUGGGAGCACGUUCGAAACUCACUCGGAAUCGACCGUCUCCGUCGAAGGAGUUUGCGAUUCGCUUGUCUCGCCUGCACAAAGCCUCCGCGUCGGGCGCGGCAACUGUGCCGGAGGCGGUAGCAGUAUCAGCUACUAAAGAACCGUUAAGUGACUCUCCGGAUGUUUCGCCGAUUGCGGCGGAGUGCCCCGCAGGUCCGGCUGAUGUUUCCGCUGGAUCGUAUUGGAGCAGCAUUUCUGCUCUAUUCGGUGACCCUGUAGGGAUGAGCUGCCUCGGCCGUGGUGACGUCGAAGGUGCUCGUCACGUGCGGUUUUCGAGCCGAAGCCCGCAGGUCGCCACCUUCUCAGUGGAGCGAUCUUGCGUUCCGCUCGAGGAGGGAUUCGAUGCGAUGGUGGUUGCGGCCGCCGCAACGCCAGGGACGCCGGCAAGUGAUGGGGAAAAACAGACACUUGGCCCGGAGCUCGACUUGAUUAAGGCGGCUUCUGCGCCUCUCGACACCGCUGCCCAGCGGGUGUCUAGUCUCGCGAUGAGUCCGUUCGCCUCCUCGCGGUAUUCCGCUGUUCUGUCACCACGAACCACUGUCUCGUCUUACCUAACCCAGAUCGAGGAACUGCGCCACUCGUUGCUAGAGGCGCCAUCGGACACCCGUUACAGUGGGCGCGGCUUCGACGAUGACACUCGCCUGCCAGCACGGCGAUCUCAGGAUUUGAGGAUGUCGGGGCAGCCGUCGGUGAUGGAGAAGCAGGUUGAGAGAGAGGGUGCCGCGACGCCUGCCAAGCAGUGGACGUUGGUGCGAACUCGUGACCUCGGCGAGUCUGUUGGUGCGGCCGCCGUCGGCAUCAACUCCACCACGAUGUCCGGUGCACUUGGUCUGGCUGUGCCCGUGCCAAGUAGUGUGCCUGUAGCCCCUGUUAUGUGGGAGGCUUCUGUGUGCUUCACGGAGAACUCGCCGAUCUUUCUGCGCCGCCCCGAGCGGAGAGUUGGCCUGUCCACCCAAGAUUCCUGUGAGUCACCGCUCUUAACGAACAUCACGAACCAGCCCCCCAAAUCGUCUGCACCACCGCCACCAAGGCUGCCGAUGUCACGUGAGGAGAGCGCCGUGACCGUCCACAAGCUGACGAAGUGUGUACGCUUUCGUGAGUCUGUCGAGCGAUCUGACAAAGGUACUUCGGGGACCGCAUGCAAGCGACGGCGUCCAGGUUGGCGGCCCGCGCCUUCCUCCGCUUCUGCACCGGCCGUAGGCGGUGUGCCAAUCGUGAUGCCGGCCGAGUUGUGUUGCGAGCAGGAGGGCUUUGGUGCUGGCAUCCUCCUAGCUUGCGGGCCGACACUCUACUUUGAUUGA